AUGAGCUCUCUUUAUGCUGAUGAGAGCUACUGCACCAGCGAACUGGGCAGGAUAUUGUACCAGUUGAAGGUGAGAUUUCCGUCGAAACUUGUGAAAAUUACCAGGAAAUUUGAUAAAAUCUGAUGUUUUUUAAUAAUAAAGACAAAAAAUUUACAGCGGACCUUCGAAACAGAAUUCUGUCUGAAAUCGGGGUUAAGAUAGGAGUUUCAGAGAUUUGCUGCAAAGAAACACAUCAAAAUUUCUCGGCAAAAUCUUUGAAGCAUUUAGGGCAUUCAACUUUUCUGUAGACUGCCAACGCAAUCUAAACCAACUGGAACCCUUGCAGACAGACUGGUCAUGCACCUCCUCCGUCACGCAAAUCUCCGAAGAGAAGCACCAGCUCGGCGGCUCGCACACCGUCUACACGGUCGAGAUUGAGUGUGUUCCGGUGGCCGUCCAUCUGGCUGUUGGCUAUUCGAACCGAUCCUUCGUGCUCUCCACGCGCUUCAAGGAGAUGGCAAAGCUGCACGCGACCGUCUCGAAACUCCAUAAACAGCUCUACCUGAGAGGCACGUUCCCGGUGUUCCCGCCGGCCAAGCUCAUCGGUUCCAGUGAGUUUAUUAUUGGAAAAAUAUGUUUUGGGAGUCAGAAUUGUUUUCAGGCGACCCGUCGGUAAUUCGGGAGCGACACCACGCUAUCGUCGCCUGCCUCAACUUCAUUUUCGAUAGUGAAGUGCUCCGCAAAGCACGAGUGCUCCAUGAAUUCAUCGAGGUUAGAACCAAUACCUUGUUUUCCGUUUAUUUGAACGGCUGAAUGCGUUGAGGUAUAUAACACGGAUUCGUGACGGGGUACACUGGCGCAAGUGCGCUCUAAUGAAAUUUUCAAAAAUUUGCUUUGACCUAAUGCUUUAAGAUAGGGGCGCUACGCAAUCGACCAUCAGCGGAAGUUCGAAUUUUCGUUUUCAAUGUACCCGUCUAACCGCGCGAAAGCCCAGAGGCGCAGAGAGUCAGAAAGCUAAAGGGAGGUCGUCAGAUGACGUCGUCUCUUCCCUCUCGGAGCCGCCGCCGCACUCCGUUAUUUGUCUUUCGCUGCGAGCACAAGCCUGGCUAAAUAUUCAGUUUGCCUAUACGCUCCCCGGAGACAUUGUUAUCAACAAUUGAUUAUCUCUUGGCUCCCAUCCCUCUAAACCUCUUUCUCUUUUCAGAAAGCGAAGGAAAAGGUCCAUACGGCACACGAGCUCACUGGUUCCGAGGUGUUCUACGAUAACACGACCAACAUCUUGGAUCAACCGAGCCAGAGGUAAGAGAAACCGCCAAUUAUCUCAAUCGAAACCGCCCAUUUCGUUUCCAGCGGCUCCGACUCGCCAACGCACGCGGAACUGCUCGAGCCUUCGCACGAACAAGUCAGUCCUCGCUAGACGAUUUUGUGUUUUUGAGCCUAAUUUAUUAGUUGCCCUUCAGUCAUGCAGUUUCGUGAUUUUAUCUGUUCCCCGCUACCUCUAUUUCCAGUCGAUUUCUAAUUUCUAAUCAUUGGCCAUUCAAAAAGCAUAAAUUAUCAAAAAUAAAUAAUCCCAUCACUAUAUAGUUUUACUUGUUGUUUUCAGGUCGGAAGCCUUGGAGACGGCGAUUUCGAAUUCCCGACAGUGCCGUUUGCCGGAGCAGAAACCGAACGGGAGCAGGGGCCGAGGAAAAGCUCGAUGCGGAGGUUAUUUCCCCGACUGAGGGGCACCGCCCAUCAGAAUAUCGGUAAGGGAAUGGGCAUGUUCGUUCUAUUGAAGUAUUUCGAAAGACCGUGUGAAAUCUCGGCCCGCUCCGAAUACUAAGAGUUGCAAUAGAGCGCACUGACCAAAUGUGUCGAUACGAUAAUAUCAGAACCUUCAUCAAUGACCCAUAUUCUCGUCAGUUUCAGAAGCGACGGAACCGCCAGCUGACUAUCUUGUGACCGCCGGGCAACUGGUGGCGACGGCUCAGCGAGCAGAAGAGGAACACGCUUACGAGCUCGCGUUUCAGUGCUACAAGAGCGCGGCGAGCAGUUUGAUUCAGGUGAGAACUCGGCGCUUGCAAUGUAUUCUACUAUUUUAGAAAAAUACAAUUUUCAACCCUUUUUUGCCUCUGACAUUCGACCCGUUUGAAGUCUGAUUACAACUUGGUAAACACUGAAAGUCGUAAAAAUACUUUUGGCAGCCAACUUUCGAUGCGAGGAUGUCCAUCUUGACUUGUUCUCCCCCUCGCGCCCAUCUCUCCUAAACCCAAUUUCAUCUCCAUCCCAUUUCUCUUUUUGACCGAUGACGCCUUUCCUUCCUCAAAGAGUAUUUCUAGGGUGUCCAAAUCGAGAGCGACAUGACGAAACGGAAUGCGGUCCGCCGGAAAACCGCCAAAUACCUCGUGAAAGCGGAGAAGCUCUACCGCACUUACCUCUCGCUCGACGGAUCCGUGUUCAACUUCGAGGGACUGCUCACCGCCGCCAUGCAAGACCCGAACAUUCUCGCGUUCCAGUGCUCGAACAAAUCGAUGAAGAACUACCGGUUCGUCGGUGUGCUCCCCGAGCUCGACGCCGAACGCAAAGUGAUUCUGGUCGAAGAAUCCGCGGGGAUCAAGAAGAAAUUCGUGAUGAAACUGCUCGAAAAGGGAGUUCCCAACGCGGAGAGCUCAAUUUUUCUGCCCACUAACAUCCCUCACAUGGUGCAGUUGGUCCAGUUUUUCGAGACGGAAACGCACAUUAUUCUGCUGUUAGAGUACGUCGAACCUGGCAGACUUUGGACGUUCCUGAGGCGGAUGUUCGACGAAGCGGAGAGCCGGUACGUUCUGUGGCUCGCGGAGCUCAAGGCGGACGUGAAGGAGGGCGAAAAGACGAGCGAGGUGGCGGUAAGAAAGGAGAGAAACGAAGUAAACUAUCGAGGAAGACGACUGUUGUUCACGGUCGGAGUCGAUUAUGAAAGAGUUGUCGAGAUGAGGGACGAGAGUCUGAGUGUGAGUUGAUCUCAGUUUAAGUAAUUUCAUCUCAUCUCCAAUUGCAGACCGAAAAACCGUCAGAAGAUGCUCAAAUAAUAUGCACAGUCGGCGAGGAUCCGACCGGACGUUCGGACGCGCCCGCAGGCGAGUUCAGUCUCGUCGGACACUCGAGAGAAGCGGUCGAGUCGAACUUCUUCCAAGUGGAAGAGGAAGGUCCCGCCGCCGUCAAGUUCGACUUCUCGCCGCCAGUGCCCCGUGGCAACAGAAUCGGCACUCAGAAUCCGGCGAGCCCCCAACAAGAACGGGCUCCGAAAGAGGACACGAGCAGCAAGGAGGUGUUCACCAAAAAGCUCUGGACGGCGCUGCAAACCGUCCGUAAACAGCUCGGAAAUCGUCGCCGCGUCUGGAACUAUCUCGAUCUUCCCGAGUCGCUCGUCGUCCAUUGGAGCGCACAAAUCGUGUCAUUUCUGUUUGUACUCCACGCAGAACACAACGAAUUCGUUGGAGAUCUGAAUUCUGACGACAUUCUCAUCGACGCCGACGGAAACCUUCUGAUCACUUACGUCGGACGGUGGUACGACACGAAUCGCCGCACACGGCUCACCGACGGAUACUCGGCUCCGGAGAGCUCGCAGUACGGUUGGCAACCGACGCCCGAGUCGGAUGUCUGGACGCUCGGGGCACUGCUGUUCGAGCUGCUCUGCGGAAGGUCACUCGCCAAUGCGGCUCCCCAUGGAGUGCUCAGAAACAUGGAACUGCCGAUUCCGGAGAAAUCCGUCGUCUCGUUCGUCGCCAAGGAUCUGCUGAAUAUGUAAGUCCUGUGUGAGAUGCCUGCUCAACACCCAAAUUUUCUUGCAGGCUCCUGGUGCCGACGCCUUCGAUCCGCCCCUCGCUCGACGAGAUCCGUGCGCAUCCGUUCUUCCGUCACAUCGAUUGGCUGCUAUACGACAAUCCGACGACUCCGUCCGCAACGACACCUCGAUCCGUGGAGGCUCCAGAAGACCCUGUUCCCACAGAUUCAGCAGACACUUCCGCAAUUCCUGUUGACUCUUCAUCCACGACAGACUUUGACCAUCGUUUAUCUCUCUGA